UUGGGAAUAUUUUUCUAAUAAAAUGUUUCUUAUGAAUACAAAACACAGACGGCAGAUAUGCAAGAGACACCUCUUAUCAAAAUGGAGAACUUUCACACCAGCAGAACAGAAGAGAUUGUCCAACUGGUCAGUGAGAGCAGUGAGACGGUUGUGCCAGAACCAGGUUCUUCAUCAUCUACUGAAACCACAGACCCUCUGGACCAGCAGGGCAACAGACACAGAGCUCCAGACACUUCACUCAAUAUAGAACCUGAAAACCAGACGUUCCAGCAUCCAGCAUCACAAUACAACAGAGCGAGACAGGACCAUCAGGUUGCUGAGUGUGUGACCUGGGAAACUGACCAUCAACCCAUAUCAUACAGCCUGUCUCAAUGGACAGAGAACCAAGAGACUGACAACCGAACUGUGAAUGCUCCUCACAAUGCAGGGCCAGACUCCAAUAGGCUGUCUGGACAUCCAGAGAGGAGAGGGGUGUCUGGUAACUCUGGGGUCUGCAUGUCUGCUUUGGGCUCUCUGGACUGGGUGUCUGAUGUGGUGAUGGUGGACUCAGUUCCCAUUAAAGUGGAGGCAGAUAUGAGUUCAGAAUGGAGCAUAACUGGCCAAGAGGUGACAUCUGGAGAGGUCUGUUCAGACAGCAGGCAGCUUGUGGACAACAGAGGAAGAGGGGGAAUGGAGUCUGGACAGACAAAGUGUCCCUCUGACACUCAACAUCCAGAGCAAGGGACAACUGUAGGAUCAAGGUCCAAGAUGCCAGAUUUCAACGGACUGUCCUCCCUAAACAGCUUUUCAUCCCCAAGGGUUACCCUCCACCAGGUUCCCCAAAGAAGGAAGCCAGCCCACUUCCCAAAUUUCAACAGAGGCUCCACUUCUUCAUCAAAAGCCAUAGAAAAGCAGCCACAACAGCUAACGUCUCACUCCACCCAGAGGCAGCUCCGGUGUAGCCUCUGCGGAAAGCCCUUCCCCCAGCCGGCGCACCUGCGGAGGCACAUGCGGGUCCAUACGGGGGAGAAACCGUACGGCUGCAGCCACUGCACCAAGCGCUUUUCCCACAGCCACCAGCUGAAGAUGCACGAAAGGGUGCACACCGGAGAGAAACCGUUUCAAUGUGUCUACUGCGGGAAGUCCUUCACCCAGUCCGGCAACAUGAAGAAGCAUCUCCUCGUCCACACUGGUGGCAGGCCACAGGACAUUGGGCUGCCCUAAGUGGAGUUUUUCUACACAAUGUGACCAGACCAGGGAAAAACUGGUCUCCCCCCAUAGUUUCUAUUCCCUCUUGUCUAGUUCUUCUUCCACCCUAGUUGUAAGGGGAAUGGCGCCACACUACUGUGGUUUUCAUAUGAACACUGGGUCCAUGUGUUUUUAACAGUUUGGAUAGAUACCACAUUGAACGCUACCCUCUGUGUGUAGUGGUUGUUUUCAGUUCAGCUGACCUUGAUGCUUGGUCCAGAGUGGACUGAUAAUGUAUAUUAUUAAAGGUGAAGAUUUUAAA